AGCCAAGACUAGCAACCAAUAUACUCUCUGCUAGCAACACUGAGCAACACUCUUGAACUGCGACUCAUCCGUGCGACUAUUCCAACGUUCUCAACUACCGCAAAUAUACGUUGUAGCGCGGUUUAGCGAACGCUUCCGUCCGUUGUUUGCCGGUACGUGUGUUGUUUGACAAAUUUCUGGUGUUGUUUUUUAGUGUGGUUUUCAACGGCGCGUAAGAUUUGGCAAUCUGUAUUAAUCAUAAUGAAAUAUGGCUAAUUCUCACGAGGAAAUUAUGCAGAGGAGACUGAAGGACUACUUUCAAUCCUCUGGAACUAUUUCUGGUUACGUGGAAGAUUUUGAAAAUCUAUUUACAGAGUUGGAAGCUAGUGGAUAUAGCUCUUCUAUUCAACAUAGUCGUCAGGGUGGUGCCAUUAAGUUUCAUAGUAGAAAGCUAGAUAAAGCACCUGAAAUCAAAUAUUUUGGUUCUCCCUUCCAGGCUGAAAAGACUACGUACUAUAAGUGUUCUCUUGGACAUAAGUAUUAUGAUAAUUCCCAAAAGGAUGAACAGUCUGAUCAUCCUGGUUCAAAGAAGAGGAGAUUCCACAUUAAAAGACACAAAUAAAAUAGGAUGUUAUGCAUGGUUAACUGUGAAAUGUGUCCGGGUAUAUGAUGGUUUCAGUAUUCCCAAUUUAACCAGCUCCAUGCAAAUCAGAAAGAUUGAGAAAAUUGUGAAAAGUGGAGUCACUUCAAAAAGAGAAAUAAAAUUCCACUUGAAACGGUUUGUAGAUAAUAUGUUCGGGGAAGACAGUGUUCCAAAUGCAACAAAUAAGGCACUUUAUCCUUCCAAAUCUCAUAUAUUUGCCCAUUUAGUUCAAGGAACCCCACCUAUUUUAAUAACCUUCAUAGUGUGUAUUGUAACAAUCAGAAAAGUAAUUCAUCCAUUAACACUAGCCGUUCGAUUAGCCGCAAAUAUGAUUGCAGGUCACCUCUUAUUAACCUUAUUAGGUAAUACAGGACCUAUAAUUAUAAAUUCAACUAUUUUAAUCCAAAUCCUCAUCCUAUCACAAAUUCUAUUAUUAAUUCUUGAAUUAGCUGUUUCAAUUAUUCAAUCAUAUGUAUUUACUGUAUUAACUACAUUAUAUUCAAGA